CUCCAGGUCGUCUUCAAACAUAGAGAACACAGACUGAAAUGGGUUACAGUCCCGUUCCUCUGUUUCUACUUGUUCUGGCGUUCGUCCCCUUGAAUUGCCACUCGUGGGGUUGGUUCUCCUCGUCUACUACGGCAACGCCUCGCUCCGAAGGAGGUUCUUUCCGAGCGACGAGAGACAGUUCCGAUGGUUCUGUUACGGAGUUCUCCAUGGAAGGGCUCAAUAAUCCCAGGGGGGCCAAAUUAGUCGAGAACGCUAGAAGGAAACUGGCCGCGUCGAAUUCGUGUUGGAGGAAUGCGUACAACACUCUUUUUGCCGGGUGCUCAGAGAUUCUGGCUGCUGAGGAGAAGCGCUCGAGGUUUGCUUGGCAUCUCAGCGAUUGCUUCCAACGGGACUCGGGACGGCCCGCUUUCCCUCGCUGUGAUGAGAAGUCCUUGAUGGUGGAUUGCCGCAAAAUGCUGGACGACUCCGAGCGCACGGUUUAUCUCGAAUUUUACCUCGAAACCAAUUCUAUCUGCCACCAAUUACAGACACAUGCAUUUAAGCAGGAAACGGAGAGACUGGUGAACGAUCUAAAGAAAUCUGCAGAGAGUGCAGAAGACAAGCUAGAAAUCAUACAAGAUAGAUCGGAUUCCCUUUUCCAGCGUUCCAACGAGAUAUACGAUUCGCUGAUCUCUAUUGACUCCCGAACUCAGCAAGUGGCUCAGGCAUCGAAGAAUGUGCAAGAUCACAUUGAAGAAGUUCUGCACCACUCGGAAGCAAUUUAUGAGCAAUCCAGGGGAAUUGCCGCUUCCCAAGCGGAGCUACAGGAAGGGCAAGAGAAAAUGAAGGAGAAAAUAGAAGAUGGCAUGGCGAAGAUUUUGGAAUCUUCCAGUAAUUUGGGACGAGAGAUAGAUUCGUUAAGGAAGGAAGCUGGAGAGAUAGAGAAGGAGAUAAGUAGAGUUAGAGAUGGGAUGUUCUCGAAGAUGGAGGAUUUGCAAGGUAAAGCUGAUGAUAUUGGAGAUAAGGCAGGGAUUUCACUGGAGAAGCAGAAGCAGCUCUUGGAUGGACAAUCUUCUGCACUUAAGGGCCUUCAGUUUCUCACCGAGUUUCAGUCUGAAGCAUUAGAAGAGAGCAGGGGCACCUUGCAACAGUUGGCUGAAUAUGGCAGAAGACAACAAGAAGACCUUCUUCAACGGCAAGAGCAGCUUCAGCUCGUCCACAAUCACUUGAUCAAGAACUCGAAGUCUAUCUUGGAAGCUCAGGAAGCCUUUGAAUCAAAGCAAGCGACGAUGUUUGUGGCCCUCGACAAGCUAUUUGCUUUGCACAAUGCGAUGCUGCUCGAGUCACGGAUAAUAAAGGCUUUCUUCCUUUAUUCUUUAUCGAUCUUUAUUAUUUAUAUGUUCACCAGCACCAAGCAAACAUACACUGUGAGGCCCUGGCUCUAUAUUGGUUUGUGCAUGACUUUUGUUAUUGAAGUAUUUAUUCUUCGAUUCACAACCAUGGGUAUUGAAGAACAGGCAUGGAUCAUAAACUUGUUUAGAUCUGUCUUUGCACUUGCUGCUUUUGCCCAGCUUCUGUAUGCAAUUUUUACAUACAGGGAUUAUGAAGUUUUAAAUCAUCGGAUGCUAUUAGCCUUGGUUGAAAAGGUGAACAGCUUGCAAAAGGAGAACAAGCUCUUUGACGACCUGGACAGUGAUGUAAACUGGUUGUCAUGGAUGGAUACUGAGCUACCGGAAGAGGCAGAUACCAAUGAGGACCCAGACUUCUUGCCACGCGAGGAGGUUGGAGAGAAUUCGAUCACAACCGACAUUUGCACAAGAAGAUAUAACCUCCGCCGUCGGCUUCCUUAUUGAUCAUGUCUCUUUUUGUUUUGGUUGACUUUGUUAGACUGAACUUUCUGGUCCAUUUUUAGCUUUUUAACAUACACAUGGUUUUGACUUCAAAAUUCUUAACAUAUCCAGAGUGUAAACA